AUGUUAGGGGAGAGUACUGGAGCAGCAUUCGAAGCAUGGGUGGGCGAUAAGGCGACUGGAGAACGACUGAAUGAAUACCAGAUAGAACAUCAUCCUGCGGAGGAUGGUCAGCCAGCUUGGUCGGAAUGCUUCCUUGAGACUAUUGAUGAGCCCUUCCGGAUCGAAGUGGUCAAGAUGGGCUUGGAUUCCGCAUCGGGCAGGGGUUCAAGGAGUAGUCACCGACAGGCUAAACAGGGUAUAAGUUGUGUCUGUACAUUUGAUGGAGAGUCAUUAAGCUAUUCAAUCUGGUUCGAUGAUUCCAAAUCUCAUGGAUGGUCUGGAGUAUAUGAGAAAGAUGAGAUGGAUGGAAAAGUGUAUAAAGCUUGUCUGAAUUUCGCUCCUUUGCCCACUACGGAUGAAGUCGAUAAAAUUACCAUCGAUGAUAACAAGCUCAAACAGCUGGGCGUGAUUGAGAUCAUGAUACAUAAAGGAUAUUACAUGCCUGCCGGUCCGUCAGGUAUCAAAUGUACCAACAUUAAGGUUGGCACCGCUGAUGAAAAAGCUAAAAAAACUUCCAAUCGGGAAGAGGUCUAUGAUACGUAUAAGGCGAGGACAUCAUACACUUUCUACCCUUAUCAUCCUCUGGUCAAGGAUUAUCGAUUCGUCUUCAAGUAUCGUCCGAGGGCAAUGCUGGUCCAUUCUGGAAUUAUCAAUGAGCCUCCUCCUCCUCCUCCUCUCACACAGUGGCUCUCUGGCCCGCAUAGAAGCAACUCUAAGCGGAAAAGGAACUUUGAACAUUCCGAAGUUACAUUGAUAUCGGACGAUGAGAUUGUAGGAAGAGAUGUGAAACCUGAUCUAGAGAGGAAACGAGUGAAAUACCUCGAAGAUCAAGUCAAGAAGCUCAGCUCGGAGCUGAAUAACCUGAAGAAAGGUGGUAAGAGUAAGGUCGACGCUGUUGAUUUGACUCUGGACGAUGAUUAA